AUGGCAGAGAAUUGGAUCAAUGAAAGCCCUUGGUCAGAUGCAGCUCUUCCUCAAAAGGCAUUGCAAUCCUUUUCACAUGCAUCCAUCGACCCAUCUGUUCUUGAAACUGCACCAAACCACACUUUAGACACUACUCCACGGAUCUUUUCACCCGAUACAUUACUUUUAGGUGGUAACGCGACGGACAAUAGCUCGCAUAACGAACAUGAAGUAUUAAUCAGUCAAGCCAUAUCUCUACAAGAACUAGUAUUUGGAGCAAUUCAAAAGGUUGAAAAUGGGCGGAUGGAGCAUAAAAAGAUCAAGGCGGAAAAUCAGAUGUUGGUCGAGUAUAUCAAUAAUAUGAUGUCAGCCACUAGUUCUACUCCACCAGCAAAAAAAGCAUAA